GUUGUUCUAUGACCAUUCUAACUGCAGGCAGAUUUGUGUCCCAAGCUUACACUGUCAUUAUUUAUUUAGAGUUUGUUUUACUCUAUUAUUGUGAAUUAUUUUAGUUUUUUUCUAUAUAGUAAUUUCUUUGUGUUCUUGUACCGUGUUGGGUAUAGAAUUUCACAAUGAAAAAGUCUCCGUUAAGUAGAAUAAGUGAAAAUCGUGGUUAUAAUCGUAGUCCUUAUGGGCAUAGACAAUUUCACAAUUCAAGUAAUCACGAUAAUUUAAAAAGUGGUAACAAUUAUCACAGUUUUAACAGGCAAGAUAAUUCCCAAUCGAGUGGUGGAAGUGAUUAUAUUCCUUUUGAAACAAGCUCACCCUUAUCUCAGAGAAGUAAUAGUGGUAGUUGGCAAGGCGUUUAUUCCUCUGGUUAUAGAAACAGAAGAACAAAUUAUAGCAGUCCAACAUCUAAUCAAAGUAGUCCACAUUCUCCUUAUAAUAAUACCCCUAAACAUAAUUAUAAGCGACAGAAUUUUCGUUCAAAUUGUCAAAAAAUUGUGGAUAUUACUGCUUAUUUAGAUUUUGAAUCAAUGUUUGAAAAUCCGUGGACAGAACUAGAGGGUCAGUUAAAUAAUUGGAAAUCUCAAAAUGAAAGCAAAACGUUUGAAAACGACAAUUUGGGGGAUUCAAAACUGGAAAAUAGUAGUCUAAGUCCAGAAGACUCUUUAUCAGAUAACUGUAAUGACAAAAAUCUUAGCGAUUCAAGUCAAGACAUUAAGUCAACAACUCAAGAUUCAUGAUUCAAUUUUAUUCGUUUGUUAAUGUGAUUCUGAUGCUUUAAAAUAGCUUUUAAUUGUAUAUAAAUAUAUAUUUGUAUUGAGAAAUGAACUAUUUAAAACCCUUUAUAUUACAAAACUACUGUCUAUCAUAUCAAGCCUUUUGGACUUUUUGUAAUUUAUUAAACUAUUUUUUUUGUUCUGUUGAUAUAAAUGCUUGUGAACAAUUUUUAUACAAAAAGAACUUUGUAUAUUCAUUCUGUUUUGUAAAACUUUUUCGUUUUCAUUUUGAGGGAAUGAAAAAUGCAAAAAUUAAUUUUGCAGCGUAUUUUAAAUUACAACUUAUAGAUAUGAUUCGAAAAACAUAAAAAACUAUUUAUGGUUUUAAAAGCAUCAUAUGAUUUUAAGUGUCAGUGCAAUUGUUUUAGUUACAAAUAUGAAAGCAUGCUUUUGUACAGAAAUGUUAAUUCUAAAUUAUGUACGAAUUAUUUUGUUCAGUCUUUAUAUUUAAGUAAGUUAUUAGAUAAUGUUAAUAAUUGGAAGAAUAUACAAUAAUAUUCUAUGAAGGUUUUUAUAUUAAUUUCAAACAUAAAUAUUGAAAGUUGUAAAUUGUUCAAGUAAUUUUAAAAUAGUUCCAAUAUUAAUGAAUAUGUAGUUAUAAUAAUAAUGUAUUGAUCUCUCUAUAUGAAAUA